AUGGUUCACGUAUCUUCGUUGUCGGUUCUUGGCUCUGCCUUGGUCGGGCUGAGUAAUGCGGCCGCCUUGGGUACUGCGGAGGAGUAUGCUGAUGGUACUGUGCAUGCAAGGAUCAUGGGGAUGAAGAUCGCACAAUGGGAUGCUGAGAUUGCCUCGGGAGAGAUGGAUAGCACCCGCUACCCUGAACUAGGUCACACGCCAUGUGAGAACGGCUUCGCUGCUGCAAUCCCUGGUGACUUCAACAAUACGUUCAGGUGCCAUAAUAUCGACCUCUACCAUUUCCUCCCACAUUCCCUCCUUGGCAGCUCUGAUGGACAAGGCUCCUCUUCUUGGGGCUGGACGUCAGAGGAUGGACGCGAGUUUGUAGCAAUCGGCCAGUUCGACGGUACCGCCUUUGCAGAGAUCAGCAGCGAAGGAAAGCUGAUCUAUCUGGGCCGCCUGCCUCCUUUCGACCCUAUCGGAUCCCGCUGGCGCGAGAUUCGCGUGAUGAGGGACUAUGCCGUCAUUGGUAGCGAGGCCAUCAACCACGGUGUUCAAAUCUUCGACAUGAAGAAGUUGUUGGACCUUGACGGAAGCGAGCCGAUGAACUUUACCCAAGACGAUCUGACUGGCCACUGGGGUCUGACUGAUGACUGGAAUGCUCUCCCGGUUGGCCGAACCCACAACAUCGUUGUCAACGAAGAACUCAACUACGCCGUAGCAGUUGGAUCAGUUGGCGGUAACGAGACUAUCCGUGUCCGUGGCGAUUUGCCAUGCCGCGGAGGCCUCAUCUUCAUCGACAUGAGCGACCCUGAAAACCCGACCAGCCCAGGUUGUGCUUCUGCUGAUGGCUAUGUCCACGAUGCUGAAUGCAUCGUUUACCGCGGACCAGACACUAAGUACUACGGCCGCGACAUCUGCUACGGUUACAACGAAGACACUCUGACCAUCUACGACGUAACCGACAAAGCCGGCAACACCACCAACAUCAUCUCUCGCACCACAUACCCUGGAGCAGAGUACGUCCAUCAAGGUGUCGUCAACAACGCAACCUGGCAGGAAUACAUCUUCCUCGACGAUGAGUUCGACGAGCGUGACGCCAAAGUCGGUCCCAUGACACAGGGUCUGCCUACCACCCACAUCUUCGACAUCCGCGACCUGGAGAACCCCUUCUACUCUGGCAACUACGAGGGAAAGCGCCGCAGUAUCGACCACAACCAAUACGUCGUUGGCGACUACCUCUACCAAUCGAACUACGGAAACGGUCUCAAUGUCCUGGACAUCCACACCAUUACGCAAGAUCCCAGCGGCGACAGUAUCUGCGAAGCCGGAUUCUUCGACAUCUACCCCGAAGACGAUGAGAACGAAGGUGGCGGCACAGUAGCCUUCCUCGGCUCCUGGUCCAGCUACGCGAACUUCAAGAGCGGUUUCAUCUUCGUGCACACUAUCGAGCGUGGCAGUUUCGUCGUCAAGAUGUCUAGUAAGGAGUGUGCGAAGCCAGCCGUUUGCGAAGUAGACUCUUGUCUUACGUCGAUGCGCACAGCAAACGUGGAGGGUAGACUUCAGGCUUCGCAAGAGUUCUGCGGUAACUUCACUCAGAGGCUGAUUGAUGAUGUGCGUGCCGUGCCGGAGUUUGCGCAGGAGGCUUGUGCGGGUGAGCAAGUGGUUGCGCAGGUUAGCAGUGCGUGUGCUUGCUUGCCUACGCUUGCUGUUCCUGAGUUGCCAAGGACGACAACUAGGGGGCCAGUGCCUACGGUGCUGCCGCCGAGGGUCUAG